AUGGCCUGUCCCUUGCGAACAUAUCCUCUUCGGCAGCCAAAGAAUCACAAACCUCCGAUUCCCCGCUGGCAGCUGGUCCUGCCCGCCGGUGUCGAGCGGCUUUUCACGGCUUACAUCGGCGUACAGCCGCACUCCAGCGACAAUGACAUCGAGCAAGUCAACGCAGCUGUUCAAGCUUGGCUUGAUGAAGACGAAGACCCACCACUGGCAAAAGAGCAAUUCAACUAUCUGGAUGGCGAUGACUUGCCGGGUGCAAGUAUUUGGGUCUGUUACUGGAACGAUGAAGCGAGAGGCAAGCGCAGCUUGCAGCGACUCAGUCUCCCCUCAAUACACUCCAGCCUGCCCGAGAAUGUACGGAAGAAUGUCGGGGUAUGGACCGAAAGUUUCCUGACACCGAUUUCUCGACUGGAAACAAACUACUCUGGUCUCGAUUACCUCCCUGGGUUGGCGAAAUUGCCCGGAACCAAGACGGCGGAACAUGAGUUAACUGCGUACUGGGGCGCUGCGAGAGACCGCAUUCCUGAAUCUGCGCACGACCUCUUCGAGCAAGACGAUGCAGCUCAUGGUAGCAGGCCAGAAACGGCACCGCAGGGACUUGGAAAACACCUGGUUGGGACAAACUAUGACCACAUGGUACACAUCCGAUCUGGACAAUUCUGGGAGAACUGUGGCCCUGAAGAGACCGAAUCCUAUGAGAAUAACCUGGAGCCAACUUUGAGGAAUGGUUUGGCUUAUUUAUGGGACAACCGCAAUGAUGGCGGAGCGAUGGGGUUGAGGUAUCUUGGCAACCGUGACGAAGCAGGCCGUACGAAGAAAGAAACAUGUGGCGCUGGGUUCUUCACGAGCUUGCAAACCCUGGAGGAGUGGGCCAAGAAACACAAGUCCCAUCUCGCGAUCUACCUCGGGGCCAUCAAGCACGCGAAGACAUUCGGUAAUGAGAGGAAGUUCCGGACGUGGCAUGAGGUAUCGGUACUGAAGAAAGGCGAGGCUUCGUUUGAGUACGUCAACUGCCUACCUACUACUGGGGUAAUUAGGUUCAUCUCUUUGGAUGAUGUAUCGAGGUAG